CCCUCCUCCAGCUCGCCGCCCUUCUGCACGUGCUUUUGGCGCGCCCCGCCCUUCUUGGCAAGAUGGCGGCGCCCGGCUGGACGGCGCCGGGCCUUUGGAUCCGCGGUUCCUCGCAGCGUCGGGGGAGCCUCUUCACUCUCGUCUCAAAGCCAUUCUGCUCCACUGCUACUGCCUCUAGGCCCCUGGAUGCCCAGCGAUUAGCGGAGAGGCUCCGAACCCAGAAACAAGAACAAAAGGCGAAGGAGCGGGUGCCCCCAAGUCCUGUUCAGCGGAGAGUGCGAGAACUAGUGCGGUUCACACAGCAACUGCAGCGAGUCCACCCCAACGUGCUUGCUAAGGCGCUGAGCCGAGGGAUUGUCCACCAGGACAAGAACCUUGUGGUCAUCAAUAAGCCCUACGGUCUCCCUGUGCAUGGUGGCCCUGGGGUCCAGCUCUGCAUCAGUGAGGUACUGCCUAUCCUGGCAAAAAUGCUUCGUGGCCACAAGGCCGAGCCCCUGCAUCUGUGCCAUCGGCUGGACAAGGAAACUACAGGUGUAAUGGUGUUGGCUUGGGAAAAAGAAGUGGCACAUCAAGUCCAGGAGUUGUUUAGAACCCGGCAGGUGACCAAGAAGUACUGGGCCAUCACCGUGCGUGUCCCGGUUCCUGCGGCAGGAGUGGUGGACAUCCCCAUCAUCGAGAAGGAGGUGCAGGGCCAGCAGCAGCACCACAAGAUGACACUGUCCCCCAGCUACCGCAUGGACAACGGGAAGAUGGUGAGAGUACGGCCCAGCCGGAAUGCGCACCUGGCUGUGACUCAGUACCGGGUGCUCAGCAGCACCCUCUCCUCCGCCCUCCUGGAGCUCCAGCCUAUUACUGGGAUAAAACAUCAGCUUCGAGUUCACUUGUCUUUUGGGUUGGAUUGCCCGGUCCUCGGUGAUCACAAGUACUCAGACUGGAACAGGCUGGCCCCCCAGAAGCUGCCUGUCGGGAUCCUGAAGAAGCUGGGGCUGCCGCAGUCCAAGGCCCGCCACGUCCCCCUUCACCUGCACGCCCGCCAGCUGACCCUGCCUGCCCUGCAGUCCGGGAAGGAGGAGCUCAGCUUGGUCUGCAAGCCUCCUCUCUACUUCGUACGUUCCCUGCGCCAUCUGGGCUUAGGGAUCCCGAGUCAGGAUCAAAAUGGGGACGAGGAUGCCGCACACCCAGGAGGGCGGUGAACACUGUCGGGCAGUUUGCCCUGAGUUCUUCGCUUUGUUUAAGGACCUCUGCUGAUUUCUCGCUUGGGACAGACUCCAGAAGAGCCAGGUGUGAUGAGUUGGAGAAACAUCUGCCUCAGGCCUUUAUUGGAGAUGAGCAUCUGGUUACCCACACUUUGGCCAUGCUUUGGAAAAGCCAGAGCAGUCUCCCUGCCUCAGAGUGGAAGAGAGCGUAGGACCAGGCAGAUGGGUCAGUAAUCAGAGAAGGAAAACUAAAGCACAAAAUCUGUGCCAUUGUUCAUCCAACAAUAAAGCUCUUGAUGCAU